UCAGUGAGUUUGUGUUUCAAAACAAAAUGGCGGAUGAAGCAUGUUCGAAGGAAGUAAGAAAGUUAACCAUAUUUGCCUCUACGGGAGAAGUUCUAGUUUGGGAUGCAGACACGGUGUUAAAACUCAGGAGUAAAUAUAGAAUUAUAGGCUCUCUAAUUGGUUCACUUCCUAGAAAACCGAGACAAAAUGUAUUCUUGUCCCUUCCUCUCGUUUUGUCCGAAAAUGAAACGACGCUUCUACUAGAGAAAAAAGUUGUAGAACUUAAACAAAGCGACUCGGCACCUCCUUUGCCAUCAGAAGACAAGGUUAAGAGGCUUGAUUUUUUGAGAGAAGAGAGCAUGCAUGAACAAGCUAGGAUGUUCUUGGAAGAAAGAGAAGAGAAAAAACAAGAGCUUUCUGAAGUGAUUGAAGAGGGGAGAAAACGAAAAAGAAAUCGAAGGAAAAAAGGAAACGGGAACGUCUCAAAUAUGACAGAAAAGGUAACAAGACUAGAUGGUGAAUGCAAUAAUACAACGAGAAACCAUAUUCUACACUCGUGUAAAAAGAAUCAAGAAGAAAUUACUUUUUCGGAAACCUCAAGCUGUUUGAACGAGCCACAAGCAAUGGAGUUAUAUAAUUCUACAAAUGAACCAUCUGUUUGUGAUCCACAACUUGUUGAAGCUGAUUUAGCAACGACCAAUGGAGAUGAAACUUUUAAAAGGCUGCAAGGGACUGUGGUUCACAUACCAACAAAAUCACCACAUGCAAUAACAGGGUGUUACCCGUUCGCCAAAUGGAGUUAUCCAAACACAGAGAAUGAGCAUUUGAGAUACAGCAUAUUCAAGAACUUGUGGGAGAGAGGGUUAUAUAUAACUUCUGGGUGCAAGUUUGGAGGUGAUUUCUUAGCCUACCCUGGGGAUCCUGUUAAGUUCCAUUCAUUUUAUAUUGUUGUUGUUGUACCCUAUGAUAAGAGGACUGGCAUGCUGGAUGUUGUAUCAAUGGGUAGACUUGGUGCGACUGUUAAAAAGACUGCAGUCUUUGCGAGCAUGGAUUCUGGGGGAAAUGUGGUUUAUAUGUCUGUAAAGUGGAGUGGUAUUAGCUAGUCUUGAAAUGCAGGAAGUUGUCAGGCAUUUUACUUGACAUUUCAUGUUGAAGCGAAAUAAAAAAAUCAGAACCUUACUCAGGACAGAAAGGCUUGGAAUAUACAUCUAAUUUAAUAAAAGCUGUCAGUUCAGAUGGCGCAUUGUAAAUGCAUUUCUAAGACCAAAAGAAACUAUGGAAUUCAAUAAUGAAAAAACAUGUAUAAAUGGUACAAUAAUCCAUUAACAGGCAUAAAUGUAUGGUUCUGGCAUGGCUGGAGCUUAUUCAUGACCUUUGUCCUUACAAAUAAUUUAUACCAAUAAGCACCUUUCGGUCGUAGAUCUUCCAUUCGCCGUUUGCACUUACAGCAAUGUUUUUCUUAGGUGUAUACCCUGUUUAAAAUAAAUAGUUUAAAAUAUGUACUGUCUAGAAGGUAAACAAUGUUAGCCUAUCCCCCUAAGAAUAAAAUAAGUAAAACAAAAAUGGGCAAUAUUUGAGCUAUUAAUUCUAGUUUGAAAUUUCAGCAUUAUAAGGGUGUUUUUUAUGGAGAGCAAUAUUAGAAUUUCAUUGCAAAUGGAAUAUGAUAAAAUUUAAAAAUAUUGCACUUUUAUUGCCAUUGGAAUCUAAUACAAGUUAGCUAGUCUGUCUAUUAAAGAUACACAUACUUUACUUUAGAUUAUUGCACACGUUUUUUCUCCUUGAAAAAUCAUUUUUAUAUUGUUAAUUGUGCAUAUUACUGCAUUGAUUUUCACUAAAAUCUGUUAAUGUUAUGAAGUGCAGCAGUGUUUUAAAAAAUAGUUUUGCUUGUUUUUUUUCCAUGCAUUGUAAAUAGUUCAAAGGGAGGAAUAUUAACAAAAUAAAAUUCAAGAAAAACAUUGUUGAAUAUGUCCUAGUGAGCAAUUGUUCAUUUUAAAUUUUACUGUUGCAUGUGCAAUGAUCUAAACACUCCCAUGCCUUCCAAUGAUAAGGCUUUGCAUAUUUUAGCUGUCAUUAGAUUGGCAUGUUCACUAAAGCAGAACAAUAAAAAAAAUAUGCCCUC